GCCCGCGCCUCCAAAUCCAAACCCAAAAUCCCACCAAAUCCCCCCCGAAUUUCCCCCAAACCGCGUCCAAACCCCCCACCCCGUCCUCCCCCCGAAUUCGUUUCGAAAUCAGACCGACGCGACCGGGGCUCUGGCCGCCUCGCCCGCCCCCCCGCCUGCCUUCGCCUCCCAUGGCGUUUCACGUCGCGUGCCCCAUCACUUGCAGGAGGGUGUGCGACUGCGAGCUAGGGUUCGGCGCCGCGGCGGCGAGGGAGGGCGGCGGUGCCGCGGCGGCGUGGGCGGGCGCGGCGGCGGCGCUCGAGGGCUUCCUCGCGGAUCCGUGGCUGCUGCGGCCGCCCGGGGCCGGGGAGGGGGAUGGGGCGACGGUGCAGGUGGAGGUGCCGCCGCUGGACCCGGGCCCCGAGGACGGGGAGGGCGACGCACGGAGGGCGGCGGCGCAGCGCGGCGCCGACGCGGCCGAGGACUUCGCCAGGCGGCUCGAGAGCGGCGCCUACGGAUCGCCGGAGGCAGAAGGAGAUGAAGAUGAGUGGGACCGGGAGGAUCAAGGAAAUGCUUCUGUCAAGGUUAUGUGCCAUUUGUGCUGUUUUGGAGAAAAUGAGGGCAGCACAAAAGCUGCCAAAAUGCUUCCAUGUAAGCUCUGCAACAAAAGAUAUCAUAGAAACUGUUUGAAAAGCUGGGGGGAGCAUAGAGAUCUUUUCCACUGGAGCUCAUGGGUCUGUCCAUCUUGCCGCAGUUGUGAGGUAUGCCGGCGGCCUGGUGAUCCCAAUAAGUUGAUGUUCUGUAAAAGGUGUGAUGGUGCUUAUCACUGUUACUGUCAGCAACCAUCACACAAGAAUGUUACCCAUGGACCAUAUUUAUGUCCAAAACAUACAAGGUGUCACAGCUGUGGAUCUGGUGUGCCUGGUAGUGGCCAUAGCACAAGGUGGUUUUUGGGGUACACAUGUUGUGAUGCUUGCGGACGAUUGUUUGUGAAAGGAAACUACUGCCCGAUUUGCUUGAAGGUUUAUAGAGACUCUGAAGUGAUACCUAUGGUUUGCUGUGAUGUUUGUGAAAAAUGGGUGCAUAUUGAGUGUGAUGGCAUCAGUGAGGAAAAGUACCAACAGUUCCAAGCUGACCAAAACCUUCAGUACACAUGUGCGGCAUGCCGCGGCGAAUGCUCCCAGAUCAGGGACACUGAGGAUGCAAUUCGGGAGCUUUGGAAGAGGAGAGAUGUUGUUGACCAAGAACUUAUGGUUAGCUUGCGGGCUGCUGCUGCAUUACCUUCUCUUGAAGAUGUCUCACCAUCGUAUCCAAACUCGGAUGAAGAUAAACCUGCUCCAUAUGUAUUGAAAAAUGAUGGUAGGAAUACUUUAAAGUUUUCAUUGAAAAGCAACAGUAGUAAGGCUCCAUCAGAUACACCUGAGCAAGAGAAGAUUGUUUUGAAAAGCUCCGGGUCGAAUAAGAAGCCUUCCAAAAAGAAAGGUGGUCAGGGUAAUAAAACAGACGAUGGCCAUGAUGAGAUAUUUUUGGAGAGAAGGCACGAUGCUAAAUCAUCAAAUAGCCGUUUGGGAGAUCAAAGUAUAGAUGGUAAUCAUGAUAGGAGUCCUUUUAAGAAUGAUGGUAGUGCUUAUAUUUCAUCUUCAACUCGAAGUUCAGAAAAGAAUUUGAAAUCUCCAUCCAUGAAAGCUGUGGCAAACAGUGCUGAUAUGAUACCCAAAGUCAAGAUUAAAGGCAGUAAGGUUUCAGGUUUACAUUUCAAAGAUGCAGGUGAUGAAAGUACUCCCAAGAAUGAUACUGGGAAAGGUACCAAGUUGGUUAUCCAUCUUGGUUCACGGCACAAAACCAGAAGUGGCUCUCCCAAGUCUGAACUGUCCAAUUCUCAAAAAGAGCAAGAUAUGGGUUCGAUACAUGGAGGGAAAAUAGAUGUCACAAGCCAGCUGAAAAGCUCAAGGAGUGAGAUAAAAGAGAAAAGUGUAAUGAAGCUAGUUAGAGAGACCGGGACACAGCAAAGAAGUAGUCUUUUGGGAGAUCUUGGUACCUCAAAAAAGCAUGCAACUGGAAAAAGAAGCAAUGCUUUAAUCUCUGGAAUGGAAAAUGCAAAUGAAACUGGUACAAGAAACAGAUCAUUUGGACUCAAACAAUCUCAUUCCAGUCAGGUGAAUGAGAACCAGGGAACUGCUGCUUUAUUUUCAUCCGACUCUACUGACAACUUGAAGCCAUCAUUGCUGAAACUUAAAUUUAAGCGUCCCCAUUUUGAGCAGCUAAACACCCAGGCCUCUCAACCAGAGGAGCCAGCCACGUGGGCUUCUCAGCAAGAGGAGCAGUUAAAUGUUGCUAAAGGCCAGAGAUCAAAGAGGAAGAGACCUUCAAUGGAGAAGGUGGAUGAUUCAGAUGGUAAGAUUCCGGCCAAGAGGCAUCAGCAGAGCACAGAUGAUGAAGUGAUGGACGCAAACUGGAUACUGCGCAAGUUGGGCAAGGAUGCAAUUGGAAAGAGGAUUGAGGUCCAUCAAGCUUCUGAUGGCAAAUGGCACCAAGGUGUGGUGGCAAAUGUCAUCAGUGGCACGCUGUGUAUUCAAUUAGAUAAUGGUCGAUCUGAUAACUUGGAACUGGGGAAGCAGGCCAUUCGCUUGAUAGCUGGGUCAAAGGGCAGGAAGCGAUGAAGCCUUCCCAUAUUGCAGUUUAGGCCAUGUUCUCACUCAAAACUCAUUGCCAUGAAUGCAGCAGGCAGAGUCUUGGCACCUGCUCAAGCGCAGCAGUGCGACCGCUGCUGUUCAUGGCAGGUUCUCCGCAUCUCAUCGCCUUUGCUGACUGGACGGGACAUGGAGCGCAACAUCUCCUGUUGCGCCAUGUUUCGCUAGCCUAGCAUGUAACAGACUCUUUAGUUUUUCGUGUUGGUGCUGUUUGAAGCCCAUUGGCUUCCAUUAGAUUCUAGCAGCAUAGGUAAACCAGAGAGGUUUUAGAUCACCAUGGUGCCCAUGGGUUGUAAAAGGAGCGGGUAGCGCCGUGCCAGGAUUGUCGUGUACAUGUAGCUGUCAGAUGAUUUUUUUCCCCGAAUAAUUCGUUGGUGUUAAAUUUUGACCUGUCUC